UUCUCAGAACUCAGGUGUAACGAACCGAGAGAAGAGGCAGAAAAAUCAAAAUGGGAAGGUCUCCAAGAAGGAGCGGCGCCACCGGCACCGGCGGAGAAGAUCAACUUCACGCCGCCGCCAGAAACGGCGACCUGAGUUCCGUCAUUUCGAUUUUGGCCUCCAACCCUUCGUCUGUCAACUCCAGAGAUAAGCACUCCCGAACGCCACUGCACUUAGCAGCAUGGGCUGGACAAGCAGAGGUUUUGAAUUAUCUAUGCAAGAACAAGGCUGAAGUUGGUGCUGCCGCCAUGGACGAUAUGGCUGCGAUACAUUUUGCAUCUCAGAAGGGACAUUUAGAAGUAGUUCAUACUUUGAUCUCGUGCGGUGGAUCUGUAAAAGCUUCCACUCGAAAGGGUAUGACCCCUCUACACUAUGCUGUACAAGGUUCCCAUCUGGAGCUUGUUAAGUAUUUGGCAAAGAAAGGUGCCAGUUUGAGUGCUAAAACCAAGGCAGGGCAAACCCCUCUUGAUUUGGCUAGCAAUGAAGACAUUGGCUCGUUCUUGAAGGAACACGAAAACUCGUCUAAAGAUAAAGCAAAAGCUGGGACAAUUCAUUCACAGCCAACAUUGUUGGGAGAAGACGAGACACCCGCUGCAAAGGCGAGUGAAGCUGAAAAUGAAGAACAUUUGGAAGAUCGGAGGGCCGAGCAGUCAAAAAGGAAGAGUGACGAGGCUGUUGGUGAGGGAGCCUUAUUAGAACCAAAGAAGGCCAAAGUUGCUCUCGUCCAUCUUCUGACAUCGGAUGACACACAAGAGGAUGAUGAAAACUCAUAAGAGUGGUGUCAAGUGGUUGGUCUGUAUAACCCGAAUCGUUGUAAUAACAUUAAGACACCUUAGGCGUCCUUCCUUGUAAUAUCAAUUUAACGAUUUGAGCAAUAGAUCUUUAAAAGGAACAAACCUUUCUUUCAGUCACUCUAAUGGAUAUCAUCUCUUUAACUCC